UCGCAGUUGGGAAAAAUGCCAUCGUUGUUUGUUUACAUCCUCUACAAAGGCACCGAAAGCCUACAAGUGUUUCUCGGAUUAUCCAAAUUGUUCGUGAUGGGAUUGUGUUCUUCGUGUUUUAAAGGUUCUUCAGAGGAAUUACUUACACCGGACGUAGAGGUCCGUCGUCAGCAGCAACGAGAAGCAGCAGAAAGGCGACAAAUAGAGCAGGAAUCACGAGGUAUUAAGGAUCCGGACAAAGUUCGACGACAGCAGCAACGAGCGAUGGAACAAGAACGACGUGAGCAGGAGGCCACUCGAAUGGGAGGACAGCAACCAACAUUGAAGGUAAGCAAUUGGCAACAAGAUUAG